CGGCUGGAAGUCACGCCUGCCACUUUGGAAGAACCUUCUAGUUUUCAGAAUCAUUUUCAUGGAUCGAUCGAACAUGCAGCUCUUUGCAGUUCUCCUCUUUGUAUUAGCCCUCAUCCAAGUGGCUACACCCGAAUCACUAUGCCUGAACACCUGUCCGACUCCCGAUGGCAAAACAGUUUGUGCCUAUAACGGCUGCUUCUUCAACACGGAGUUCUGCACCAUCAAAACGUUCAACUGCCAUCGCCAGGUGAAGGGAAUGAGCGUGGUGAAAGUGGUCUCUGAGGGAGUGUGCAACAACGAGACCCAAACCCCAUAUUGCACAACCGUGACCUUUUAGAUCUUGUGGAGAGCUUUCAAUUUAUUCAUUACUGAAGCGAUUACAAAUGUAUUUAUAUGUAUGAACUGAUGAUGAUACAUGUAUGAAUAUAUCUAAAACUUGACAAUGUG